UUUCAAUAAGGCGAUGGAAGCGUGACUGAGCAGAGGUGGAGUUCUCCCUUCUCUUACCUCUGCAGCGAUAUAGAGCCCGUUGCUCGAGAGAGCUAGUGCCUAGAGAGAGAGAGGCGGCGGCGGCAUCGAUGGCGGAGCACGACGAUGGGGAAUCUGACGGCGGGUUCGACGGCGAGGGGGAAGCGGCUGCAGGCACCCACAACCUCGGAUCCCUCCUCGCCACCGAGCGGCGGGAUUUUCUCCUCCGAAACAACGGCGAUCAGGUGAAGCUUAGCAACCUAGAUGAUAAAGUUGUUGGUCUUUACUUCUCAGCUUCUUGGUGUGGACUCUGCCAAAGGUUUACCCCAAAACUUGUUGACGCUUACAAUGAACUAUCAUCAAGAAGCUGCAAGUUUGAGGUUGUUUUAAUCUCAGCUGAUGAGGAUAAAGAAUCUUUCACUGUUUACUUCUCUAAGUUGCCAUGGCUUGCUAUUCCCUUUGAGGACUCUGAUCUCCAUGAUAACCUUAAUGAUUUGUUUGAUGUUGGUGGGAUACCACAUCUUGUGGUGCUUGAUGCUGAUGGGAAAGUUCUUACUACUGAGGCUGUUCAGAUUGUGAGAGACUAUGGAGCAGAGGCUUAUCCUUUCACAGCUGAAAGGAUUCAAGAGUUAAAAGAGGAAGAACAGGCUGCGAAUCAGAAUCAAACUAUUCAAAGCUUGCUUGUCACCUCCUCUCGUGAUUUUGUGAUCUCAAAGGAUGACAAUAAAGUACCUGUUUCUGACCUUAAAGGAAAGGUUGUUGGUAUAUAUUUCACGUUUGGCUCUUUGGGUUCAGGUGAUGAAUUCACAAAAUUACUUGUGGAGAUGUAUCAAAAGAUGAAAGAAAAUGGUGAAAACUUUGAGGUUGUUCAAAUCAACUUGGAUGACGAUGAAUCAUCUUAUGACCAAGAAUUUGAUGACACACCAUGGCUUGCAAUCCCUUUCAAGGACAAGAUCUGUGAUAAACUAGCCCGCUACUUUGAGCUACAAACUAUUCCUACAUUGGUUAUAAUUGGCUCUGAUGGAAAGACUGUGCACUCCAAUGCGGCUGAGCUUAUAGAAGAACAUGGGAUUGAGGCAUAUCCAUUCUCUACUGAGAAGUUAAAGGAGAUUGAUGAAAAAGAGAAGGCUAAGCUAGAAUCUCAAACUCUGCAAUCGCUUCUUGUUUCUGGGGAGCUGGAUUAUGUCAUUGGAAAGGAUGGUGCUAAGGUUCCAGUGUCUGAACUCGUCGGUAAGAAUAUCCUUCUUUACUUCUCCGCACGAUGGUGUCUUCCUUGUCGUGCCUUCUUACCCAAAUUAAUUGAGGCAUACCACAAGAUCAAGGAGAAGGAUGCUGCUUUUGAACUCAUCUUUGUGUCAAGUGAUCAGGAUGAAAGCUCCUUUAACGACUUCUACGUGGAAAUGCCAUGGCUGGCACUCCCCUUCGGAGAUGAAAGGAAGAAGUUUCUGAGUCGCACAUUUAAUACCGAUAGUAUCCCUUCACUUGUGGCCAUUAGCCCAACAGGUAAAACCAUCACCACCGAAGCAAGAGACCUGGUACAGGCUCAUGGUGCCUCUGCCUAUCCUUUCACCAAGGAACGAAUACAGGAGCUUGAGUUGGAGAUCGAGGAGAGUGCGAAGGGUUGGGCAGAGAGGCUCAAGCAUAAGUUACAUGAGGAGCACGAGCUUGUGAAGUGCCGUCGCAGGAGUUACACUUGUGAUGGUUGCACCGAGCGGGGAAUUGAUUGGUCCUUCUACUGCGAUGCUUGCGACUUUGAUUUGCAUCCUAAGUGUGCACUAGAUGACGAUACAGACAUGGAGAACACUGGUGAUCCUUAAGAUGGUCCUAAGGAAGGAUACAUCUGUGACGGCGAAGUUUGCUAUAAAGUAUGAAGUCUACUAUCUUCAUUUUCGCUUAGGAAUCUGUUUAAGAAUAGUUUCAAUGAAAUCAUACAGAAGCUAGCUGCAACAAAACUGGUGAUAUCAUGUGUUCAAUUAAAUUUCUUUCUACAUCAUAAGAACUUAUAAUUACUGUAAAAGGAAGAGUAAUUGAAGUUAUAGUUUGGCCACUGAACCUUCUUCUUUGACAGUAUUCUUGAAACAAA